AUGGGCAAGACAUCACUGGCCCUUCUAUGCCUCCUUGGCUUAGCCCUAGCGCAUCUCUCCCAUGCCCAAAACACCCCACAAGACUACCUUACCGCCCACAACGCCGCGCGGGCAGAGGUUGGAGUCCAGCCCAUGACAUGGGACAAAAAGUUAGCUAACUACGCAUCGCAAUAUAUUAGUGAGAAACUGAUUGGUGACUGCAAUCUUGAACACUCAGGAGGGCCUUAUGGUGAGAACCUGGCUGCAGGGGGUGCUGCUGACUUUGAUGGCGGUGAUGCAGUGAAGAUGUGGGUGUCUGAGAAGCCUUAUUAUAACUAUGACUCUAACUCAUGCGUUGGAGGAGAGUGUGGACACUACACUCAGGUUGUGUGGAACACCUCAGUGAAUGUGGGGUGUGCAAGAGUGUUGUGCAAGAAUGGGGAAUGGUGGAUUGUUAGCUGCAACUACGACCCACCAGGCAACUAUUUUGGAGAACGUCCUUAUAUUAAGUAA